GAAUAGACUUGGUGAUGGUUGAGGGAUAAGAGAGGCCGUGGAUGCAUGAACGAAAGAAGGAUGAGUUAAGGGACUCUUUCCUAAGGUGUAAUUGGCUGAGUGGAUGAGCGAGUAGGCAAGGUGAAUGUGGAGAGUGAUGAAAGGGUGGUAUGGUUACCAGCAGAAAAGGGGACGAAGAAGGAGAACAGUGUCACAGCAUGGACCACACUACUCAGGACUGCCACUACCGCCACCGCCACUAGACCACCACCACUACUACAACUACAACUACAACUACAACUACAACUACAACUACAACUACUACAAUUACUACAACCAAUACUACUACCAGUGGAGGCUCCCACAACGACGCCGCGUCCUUGCUGCCCAUCCUUCUUCUUUCAAAUCCAGGUACAUUACGCACACGCGACAGGAACACGCGGCAAGAAAUAUGUUUGUCACAUGCAGCACCCCCACCACUGCUUUGCUGUCUUUCUGGCUUACUUUCUUUCUUUCUUUCUUUACAGAGCAACUCUUUAGGGCUCGAUGGCCUCACUGUUUCUUGGCAACAAGCUGUUUAAUUUAUUUUUACGGUUGUUAAAGUAUGCAAGGGUAUUAUGAUAUAAAAACUAUUGUACAUGAGCGAAAGAUGAUAAUACAGCAAGUGCUAUUGACAGGAAGUUGCCCAUUUGUAAUCGGUCUGAUCUGUCGAGCGUCGAGUGUCGAGUGUCGAGUGUCGAGUGUCGAGAUGCCCUGCAUCCCUAGGGACUAUAGUCCUGAAUUGUCGCCGAAAUACUGUUCGCUCUCAUUUGUCGGCGUAAAGA